GGAACUAAUAGUUACUGAUCUCAGUGAGGCGCCGGAGUUGCUGGCGGACAGGUGACAGCUUCCGGUGGUGUGUGACAGCUUCCGGUGGUGUGUAGGUCACGAUGUUAGCUGUUCUCAGGUUUCAGAGGAUUAAAGCUCUUUUAUCUCAACAUGGAAACACAAGUUUAAGAAGUCUCACAACAUCCGGUCCUGCAGUCCAGCAGAGAGACGAGCUGCUGGUUCAGAUGGAGAACCCGUUCAAACAGCCUCAGAAAGGAUGUCUGCUCUGCAGCGUCACCGUGGACUUCAAGAACACUCAGCUGCUGUCUCAGUUCAUCUCCCCUCACUCAGGCAGGAUCUACGGUCGACACAUCACAGGUUUGUGUGGAAGGAAACAAAAGGAAGUCUCUAAAGCCAUAAAGAAAGCUCACUCCAUGGGUUUCAUGUCGGUGACCCACAAACAUCCAGAGUUCAUGAAGGAUCCCAACAUCUGUGGUAUCAAACAUCUGGAUUAGUGUUUAUUAAAGCUGUGUGACUGUUUGUAAAGUUGAUAUUAAUAAAAGAAAAGUUGUGUCUCUGUA